CCAGAUUCUAGCCCCCAGUUGUCGAAACACAACCUACGCAAACGUAGCAGCAUGGAGGAGGUUGCGAAAGGACUGCCCGAGAUACUGAGCUUCAGAGAGGUCCUCGAGCCACACCUCUCCGGGGCCCGCCUCUUCAGCUACCGGAUGAGCAGCCUGACUCAGCCGGGGGACAACUACGGCAGCGUUCUGCUGGCCAUCGACGCUCGGCUGGAGCUUCCGGACGGAUCACUCUCUGAGAGGCAGCUGGUGGCCAAGGUGCCCCCGAAGGACCCAAAGUUCUGGCAGUUCUUCCAGCCGGAACGCACCUGCCUCACGGAGAACGCGGUCUACCAGAUCCUGGCGCCGGCACUGACGACUCUGCAAGCUGAGGCAGGCAUCCCGGAGGAGAGCCACUUCGCGGGCUUCCCUCGUUACUACGGCUCGCGGAUUUCCUUGGAUCCGGACUCUCCCAAAGUGGACGAAGAUGCCGUGUUGGUUCUGGAGAACCUGCGCAGCUCCGAUUUCCUUCCAGGGCAGAGGCUUCGGCCUAUGGAUAUGGACCACACCCGGAUGGCACUCCAGUACCUGGCAGAGUUCCACGCCCUUCCCGUGGCCCUGCGGCAGCUGAAGCCCCAUGUGUUCCAGGAGCAGGUGAUCCCCUUCUUCCAGAAAUUCGACUGGCAUGCGGCGGCUCCCGAAUGGAAGGCCGUCAUGAAAGCGGAAACCCUGGAGGACAUCCGACAAGCCACCAACAACGACCCGGUCUUAGUGUCACGGGUGAAGGAGUUGUCUGACAAGUUCUUUGAGUUCCUGGCCUCCCCGCCCGACAGACCCGAUGGCCCUUUUACGAGCAUCAUCCACUGCGAUUACUGGAUAAACAAUCUGAUGUUUCAGUACGACGCCUCCGGCAAGCCCACUCGGCUGAAAAUAAUAGACUUCCAGACGGCCCAGUACGACUCCGUGGGGCAUGACAUAAUCGCGUUCCUGUUAUCAAGCGUUGAUACGGCCAUCGUCGAGAUACACUUCGAACACAUGUUGGAGACCUACUACGAGGCGUUCGAAGCCUGCUUGCGUCGCGUAGGCGCCGACUUAUCGGGCUACAGCUACCCGGAGUUCCGGGCGGAGGUGAAGCGGGUGGCCUACCUCCAGGUGCCCCACGCCAUCUUCAUGACGCGCUUCAUCCUGGCGGACUCGGCCAGCGAGAAGGAGCUCUCCGACGUGCUGCGGAACCCCGGGUCGGAGCGCAUUGCCCGCAAGCUGAGUCAGAUACUGAGCCUGGCCCAAAAGUUCGACAUUCUGUACUGAAGCCUAAUAAACCGCGUCGAUCGGAGAUUGAAUUCCCAA